GAGAUUCCUCUGCAUUUAUUAUAGUAAAUAUAUAAAUAAUAUAAUAAAUGCAGAGGGGUCUCGGGAACCUGACUAAGUGAAAGUAGCCUUUACAAGGACGCCGGUCCGGUAUUUACCGUAUUAACUUAUUAAGAUAUGUAACAGAGGAGCUGCAGCUUGAGAAGAGUGAUAUUAUCUCAGAACACAAGAGAAUGGAUAGCACGAUAUGGACUGUGUUUGUAUCCUCUGACUUCCUAAACGAACCUUUCUACAAACUUUGUGGGAAAAUUGUAGAAGAGGAUUGUUUUGUUCUUGUUUUAGACAAGUACUACGUUGAUACAAGAGGCUGUGAUAAAGCAAUAGGUACAUUUCAUCAGGUUCCUGGGAUAAAGUCAAACGGAGAAGAAAGCAGAAAAUCACUGCACCCACCCAACAACAUAUUCAUUGACCUAUAUUGUAACCGUGAUGGAAAUAUUUUGUGCAAAAUAACUAAACACCUUGAAACACUAAAAUGCAACAUUGUGAUAUUUGAACCACAAGAAUUGUUAGACUCUUACUUUUUUAGUUGGGAUACUUUGUCAACAAUUAGCCGUAAAAACGUAAUAAACAUUUUGUCAAAAGAGAUUAACACCAAGGAACCCCAUGUCAGAAUACCCAAGAUUCAUCAGUUACAGAUUCUAUGGCUGUUUUUCUUUCAGUUUGUUGGAUUUUUGCUGGAUAAUAGGAUUGCAAAAUUUGGACCAUUCAAGUUUGCAGCAAAUUGUUCUUCAUUGCUAGUACAUCAGACUAUGAGACGACAGGAAUAUCUGGCUGCAAGAAGGAGUGACUCUAGAGUUUUAAGGAAACAGCUCGGGUUAGCAAACGUUUGUUGGAGACAGUUGUUGGACUCGCUGCUUGGAAUGGUUUUGAUGUACUUUUUCAUGUACAACAGUAUGUCUGAUGAAGUCGCUGCACACAUCAUCACAUGGGCUUAUGCAGUAGCUGAAUACCUCCAUUCACUGGUGGAAUGGUUGAUGGGUGCCCCAGCAGGUCUUAAACUAAACAAACAGCUGACAGAAUUUUUAGGGCACUUUUUCCUCUAUCAUAUUUACCUCUGGAAAGGAUAUCUCGGGAUACUACAACCAGUUCUGGGCAGUGUGUUGUGGUACACCUCCCUGUUAGGACUAUUGGGAUUGACAGCACAGCUGUGUUUUCUGCGCGAUGUGCUGUCAGUGAUGACUCUACAUAUAUAUUGCUUUUAUGUUUAUGCUGCAAGGCUGUAUCAAUUCCAAGCAUAUGCCUUGUCAGCCUUUUGGCGCUUGUUUCGAGGUAAAAAGUGGAAUAUGUUGCGGCAGCGAUUGGACUCGGUCCGUUAUGAUGUUGACCAACUUUUCCUCGGAACUCUAUUGUUCACGAUACUUCUCUUCACUCUACCAACAUCUGCACUCUAUUAUGUUGUCUUCACAUUGCUUCGACUUGUUGUAUUAACAGCUCAUCAACUGAUUUAUAAAAUUGUCAAAACUUUAGAUUUGUUGCCUGUAUUUUCGAUUUUGAUGUGGAGUGUAAAUUCUAGACUUGUUAAUGGAGAUAUUUUAUUCACCAUCAUUCCACAGAAAAAUAGAGACAUUUCCUCAUUAUUUUCACUACAAGUAAUACGAAUGCCAUUUGGAAAACUCCUGACGAGAAGUGAAAACCCUUUUCGAAAUGUUUCUGGUCAACAUUGUCAUUGGAGUCAACUGAUUGGUGACCUUGUGAAAGGACGUUUGAUUUACCCAUGGGUGGAAGUGUCCAACUCUUAAUAAAGUUUGUUGCUCUUAA